AGACCCGCACCCAGCGCGCUGACCCGGCUCCCGGUGCUCUGCUCCGCCCAUGCCGACGCCGGCCGCCCGCCGGGUGCGCCCUCGCCCGAGGGCCAGCUAAGCGCAGGCCGGCGGGGCGGCGCGAGGUGGGCCUGACCCGGCGCUGCCCUCGACAGCGGCAAGUUUGGGAGUUGCACUAGUUUGCGGGGAGGGGGAGAGGCCGGGCGGGGGGCCAUGGAGGAGGACCGAGGGUCGGCGCUGGCUGCCGAGUCGGUCCUGGAGAAGAACGUGGCGGAGCUGACCGUCAUGGACGUGUACGACAUCGCGUCGCUGGUGGGCCACGAGUUCGAGCGGGUCAUCGACCAGCACGGCUGCGAGGCCAUCGCGCGCCUCAUGCCCAAGGUCGUGCGCGUCCUGGAGAUCCUGGAGGUGCUGGUCAGUCGCCACCACGUCGCGCCAGAACUGGACGAGCUGCGCCUCGAGCUGGACCGUCUGCGCCUGGAGAGGAUGGACCGUAUCGAGAAGGAGCGCAAGCACCAGAAGGAGCUGGAGCUGGUGGAGGACGUGUGGCGAGGGGAAGCACAGGACCUCCUUUCCCAGAUCGCCCAGCUGCAGGAGGAGAACAAACAGCUCAUGACCAACCUCUCCCACAAGGAUGUCAGCUUCUCUGAGGAAGAGUUCCAGAAGCAUGAAGGCAUGUCAGAGCGGGAGCGGCAGGUGAUGAAGAAGCUGAAGGAGGUGGUGGACAAACAGCGCGAUGAGAUCCGAGCCAAGGACAGGGAGCUCGUGCUGAAGAACGAGGACGUCGAGGCUCUGCAGCAACAGCAGACACGGCUGAUGAAGAUUAACCAUGACCUCCGGCACCGUGUCACAGUGGUGGAGGCCCAGGGGAAGGCCCUGAUUGAACAGAAGGUGGAAUUGGAGGCAGACCUACAAACGAAGGAGCAGGAGAUGGGCAGCCUGCGGGCGGAGCUCGGGAAGCUGCGAGACAGGCUGCAGGGCGAGCUCCGCCAGAAUGGCGAGGAGGGCCCGGAGACAGAGCUGGGCGGAGAAGAGUGUGUGUCAGAGGCAGAGAAGCUGGCCAUGGAUUUCAAGGACCCCAACCGCCCCCGAUUCACGCUGCAAGAGCUGCGGGACGUGCUGCAUGAGAGGAACGAGCUCAAGUCCAAGGUGUUUUUGUUGCAGGAGGAGCUGGCGUACUACAAGAGUGAAGAAAUAGAAGAGGAAAAUCGAAUACCCCAACCUCCGCCCAUCGUCCACCCGAGAAUGUCCCCCCAGCCGGAGUCUGGGAUCAGACGACUGUUUAGCUUCUUCUCCCGAGAUAAGAAGCGUCUGGCCAACACGCAGAGAAAUGUGCACAUCCAGGAGUCCUUUGGCCAGUGGGCCAACUCCCACCGUGACGACGGUUACACGGAGCAAGGACAGGAAGCCCUACAGCACCUGUGACUGUGACCCACCUCUGCCCUUGGACCUGAACCGUCCACUGCCAGCACCUGCAACGGAACAUGGCAGCCCCAGGUGUCACUGCCUUGCACACCUUUCGGUUCAGAUGCACCCUCAAAACUGAUCCCGCAAACAAACUGUCUGUCUGCUUUGAGGAAGCACAUUGAAAACCUGAUGCCAAACUCUAAGAGAAAUGUUUAUUUAUACCCAGGGCUAUCACCAUUUCUAAUAGAUGACUCUGAUCCCUUAGGACAUAUAUUUAAUAAGACCAUGAGUGGAGGCCAGACUUUUGCAUUAACUUCAGUAAUACAAGCUUCUUUAAGCCAAAUACAUCACUUGCCACUGUCACGGCCGUGUGACUGCUUGGUAUGAAAUUCUGUGUGGAGCGGUUCUGUGAUCACAUUUGUCAGACUUCAGGGGGAGGCCGGGAAGGGGUAUGCUGUCAUCAGUUACGUUCAUGCGGUUGGUAUGGUGGUAGCGUGCUAUGUCAGAUGCAUCUAUCAGGUCAGCGGGGCCCCAGUAGUCCCAGGACGAGCUGGCCCUGCUCAGACACAAAGCAGCUAAAUCUGUGGACAUCAGUCCUCCCUCCCAGAAACUGGAGACAACUUUGCAAGAGCCGAUGUUUCUCUCUUGCUCCUGAUAGUGCCUCGACCGUGGAGCAGGUCAAGGCCGGUGCCUUGGCAUCACCGCCAGUUACGCAGUAGUAACCAAACAAAGGGCUAAGGAUGAGACAUUGC